UCUAUAGCCGACCGGAUGUUGACGUUUAGAAGCACGUGAAUGAAUGUAUAAGUUUCAUCUAUUUUUCUAGACAAUUCCAACACUUCCGAAUCAGGCUAUUGUUUCUGUACGGAAAACUAGCGUAAAGUUCCUGCGAUGUCCCUGCACUGUUACAAUAAGGGUUGUGGCAAGAAAUUCGAUCUUGAUCAGAACGAAAACGGAAGCUGUAAAUAUCAUCCCGGUGGACCGAUAUUUCAUGAUGCUUUAAAGGGAUGGUCAUGCUGCAAGAAAAGAUCUACCGAUUUUACAGAGUUUUUAAAUAUUCCAGGCUGUACAACGGGUGUACAUUCAAAUGAAAAACCUCCAGAGCCAGUACCAAUCAAACCAGAAGAAAAAUCAUCAAAAGAAGAGGUUGUAGUGGUCAAAGCACCUUUAGACAAAGAAAUCAAAGCCAGACAUACAGUCUCAGAAUCUUAUGCUGAUGAACCAUUAAAACCCCUGAAGAGAUCAGUGGCUUCUUCUCUUAAAAUGGCUUUAGAAAAACUCUCUUUAAAUUCAGAUACAAAGGAUAAUUCUGAAGAUUCUGAAAAUCAGGAAAUAAAAAUAGGAACCUCUUGUAAAAAUAAUGCCUGUAAUGCUACUUACCAAGAUACUACAAGUAAUCAUGCUACAUGUACAUCACAUCCUGGACAACCAGUAUUCCAUGAAGGUAUGAAAUAUUGGUCAUGUUGUCAGAGAAAGACAUCAGAUUUUGAUAAUUUCUUAGCCCAAGAAGGAUGUAAUCUUACAAAACACAUAUGGAUCAAACCCAGAGUUGAAGGUGAAGAAGUGAAGACAUGUAGAUAUGAUUGGCACCAGACAUCAUCUAAUGUGUGUAUAUCUAUAUUUGCUAAAACAGCUAUACCAGAUAAAUGUACAAUAGAUAUUAAUAAAGUUACCUGUAAGUUACACCUAGUAUUUGAUGGUGGAAAGAGUGUAUUUAAUAAAACAUUUCAUCUUAGUGAUCUUAUUGUACCCGAAAAAAGUGAAGUGAAAAUGUUAGGAACAAAGGUUGAACUUAAUUUGAAAAAGAAUGAUUGUUUUAGUUGGCCAUUUUUAGAACGAUCUAACAAGACGGAACAAACCCCGACAGCCAGACAACUAGGAAAUGAUUAAUGAUAAUAAUGCUAUAGGAAAUUUACUGUUAAUUUAUUGAAAGAUUAAAUUACUUGCAAUGGAGAAGAAAUCUACAACAGAAUUUUAUUGGUAUCAGUGUAUAUAGUGUGAAGAUUUUUACCCUCAUCUAUUUGUCCCAUCCAUUUCAUUUUGUAAUAUUGAUCAGUUAUCAAACAUUUUCACUGAGGAAAAUUUUAUAUUACUAAAUGUUCCGGUAAGCAAAAUAUAACUGUUAAGUUUUGAAGUUUUUUAAAGACCUAACUUUGGCUCGUUCUGGUAAUUUUGUAUGGUAAAAUGUUUUGUUCCACAUAAGACCCUGGUCUUCAAGCAUCAAGCGCAGAUCGUUUCUAUUUAAUCUAUGCCUGGUUCAUCAUUGAGAAUGUGUUAUGUUUUUAAUACACCUUUGUAGACCCAUAACUAUUGUCCUACUAUGUAUAUGUAUAUUGUAAGUAUAUAAAAUACAGAUGUGAAGUUAUCCUUUGAUGUGAUGCCAUCCUUUGAUAUUUUCAAAUAAUGGUACAGGCAACAUACCAGUUGUACAUGAUUUUAUAUUAGAUGAAAUAUUGGACUUGCAUGACGAUUCCAUUGAAAUGUACUUGCGGGAUAGUUUCUGUAUUUUAAGGUGUUUAAUGGUUUCGAGCAAGACAUUGCCUAAUAUAUUGAAACAACACUCGGGCUAACCGGCAGGAGUAUUGACUGACAAUAAACUGAAUUUGGCUGCCAAAUUUUUCUGACAGUCAAUUUACAUUUCAUAAAAGUGAGAAUUUAAGAGUUAAAAUUAUCGUAUAAAUUGAGACAAUAAUGAAUUUCUGAAAAAAAAACCCCCCAAAAAACGCCUCAUAAAAGACUGUGCACUUACAAUUGGGGUACAUAUUCAUUAGCAAAUAUCAAAUGAUAUAAUAUUACAUCAAAUAUACAACUAUUUGAUGAUAUUGUUAGUUUUGUUAAUUCACCCACCCCGUCAAUAAAUAUUUUGUAAAUAUU